AUGACAUUAAAGUUAAGAUUUGACGAAUCCUUAUUUUUAAUAUUACUUUUAAUUAUUUUUAUCAUAACACCUAUUGUGCAAACAGCAGACGUUAAGUCUUUUUGUAAAUGUGUGUGCGCGGAAAAUUCAACAAUAGUUUCUUUAAAUAUUGAUCAAACAUGUUCCGAUUGUAAUAGAGCUAAUUGUAUAAAUCAAAUGAAAGAUCUCUGUGCUGGUGGUAGAAAUGAGGAAGGUACUUCAAAAGAAGGCUGCGAAAUCCAAGUAAUUGCUACGUGUUUUCAGCGAGAUUCUUAUAAGGACGAAGUUAUCGUAUAUUUAUAUAUUAUUAUAACAAGUGGUUUACUUCUUACAGCUCUUACGAAACCUUAUAUAGAAAAAUGGUGGAAGAAAAUAAAUUCGCCAUACGUUUACUCUUCAAUGCAAAAUAAUUAA